AUGGCUCACAAGAACAGUAUCAACAAGCCUAAGAUUAAGAUACAAUCACAGAAACAUGCUUCUGCUAUAGGGAAGAAAAGAGCUGCUAGAUCCAGGAAUGUUCCUGCUACCAAGUCAUCCACAUCUCGUAACUCUAGCGGAGUUGCACCAACGCCUACCGAAUCCAAGGCUGUGGCUUUGUUCACAGGAAGCAUUAAACCAACCGGUCUUAUCACCAACAACACUUUGUCGAAUAAGAGAGCCAAGAAGUUGACCCGGAAUGCCAAAUACAUUGCUCAAAGAAAGGAGAAGUUGGAGAUAGAUCUUAUGGCUAAACAAGAAGGAGCCAUGGAUCUUGACGAAGAGAAGCAAACUACAAAGACUAAUGAGUCUAGAAAGGCUCCUUCACAAUUAGAUAAGGUCAAGGAAGUAUUAUGGUCUGCUGUGGCUGACAAUGCUAACUAUAAGAUCGAUGUUGAAGGUGAAGGUACUACUUUAGGUGUGCAAGCCUUUUAG